AUGGGAGAGACUAAUUUCUAUGGACCUUAUGAGCAAUUGAGCCAGGGGUUUGCAUACGGAGUGCCCGUGGCUGCACCACAGAACACAAACGUUGUGGUCGUGAGUGACGUAUUCUGUUGUCCUUACCCGCUCGAGCUAACCGUCAAGAAGACAUGUAAAGGAUUGAGCGGCGCGAAGCUUGAGGUCGUGGACCUUAAGUCUAACGUUGUUCUACGUGUCGAUGGUCCUCAUAAUAGCUUCAACAAGAAACGUGUUCUUCGUGAUCCCGCGGGUUACCCUCUUCUCACCAUGCGCGAGAAGUUGACGUCGUUGAAUCACAAAUGGACGGUUCAUCGAGGAGAAGGCUCUGAUCCAAUGGAGCUAAUGUUCACAGUGCAACGUUCUCAUCCUAUUCAGUGGAGAGCUCGCCUUGAUGUCUUCUUUCAGUCUAAUCAUGUCGGAAACUUCAGUGUCGUAGGCACUUACUUAGACGACUCCGCAAAGGUUUACCUUGACGACGCUCUCAUCGCCGAGGUGAAGGAAAAAUCAGCAUUUGGAGGAUUUUUCAAAGGGAAACAAGACUUUGUGGUUAGAAUAAAUGCAGGCGUUGACUAUGCUUUCAUCGUCUCUCUCCUUGUCAUUUUGAGCGAGACUAAUUCCAUCUUUUAG